UCCCAUACUGAGUUUUUUCCACAGGGAGGAGCAAAAGCAACAGCACAGUAUUGCACUCUCCACUUGCGCUUUCAGAACGCGAAGGCAACGCUGCGUGCGCGCCGUCUACACGCUCAAACGUCAAGCCACAGCAUUCGUCAACUGAACGACUUGAUAAUAUUGGGAAUUCUUGCGUGACAUUAAGAGAAAACAUCUACUUGCGUACGAAUUUAUGUUAUUUGUGCUUUUUUUAUUUUACUUAUAGCCUACCAGAUUGCGCGCAUGGAAGGUCCUUCUUCAUAUGGUUUGGAUGUUACUAUUGGACAACUAAACGAAUUAUAAACUACUAAGCGAAUUAUUAAUUUUGGUCAUUUUUGCGUGACGUUACCAGGGAACGUUAUCUUACGUUCGUCUUUAUUUGACAGUUUCUGUUUUCUAUUUAUUUUUACCUAAACCGGAUUGCGCACCUGGAGCCGUCGAUUUUCAAGUGCUUUAUGGUACUAAAAGUACUAAAACGUUACAUUUGCGUUCGUAUUUAUUCUACAUUUUUCUUUUAUUUUACUUAAACCAGAUUGCGCGCUUGGAAACGUUGUGGUUAAGAGAUAACUAUUAUGUUAUGGGGAGAAAGCUGGAAUGGAGACACCAGUGCUACUGUAAUGCAGUAAACAACUAAUUUGCAUUCGUUACACUUCUAAUUUAAACAGCAAAUAUAUCUGCAGCAAUGUCAAAAGCUGAAGUAGACAUGGCUGGUCUUGGUUUCCAGAAGUUAAGUGCGGGAUUCGACGCGGACUCGUUCUUCCCAGUGCGCCUGCCGCCGCGACGCAGGAGACACUCGGCGAACUCCAGAAGAAACGCGUACAGGUUAAACAAACUGCACACUAUGGAUAUAGAGACUCAGGAGAGCAUCGCACCUCUUACCAAAACGCUCUCCUGGUCAGCCGACAACAUUUUAUCUGAAAGUACUAUUGAAGAAAAGAAGGGGGACUCUUCUUCUCCGGUAUCACCUGAUUCAAGCUCACCACCUGAGACCCAGGACUCGGACCCGCCACCGGCGGAGACCUGGACCGCGGAGGAGACCGGCGCACCGGAAAUCGAUGCGAGCUCGGAAUCAGAUGAGGAGAAUGCUCAGAAAAAGGCUGCUUUGUUACGGACGGAGUCUGAAAGUAAACGCAAGCAGGAAGAAAAGGAUGAAGUUGAGACUAAAGCUGUGGCCACUUCACCUGACGGAAGAUUCCUUAAAUUUAACAUUGAGAUCGGAAGGGGCUCCUUUAAGACCGUUUAUAAAGGAUUGGAUACGGAGACCACUGUGGAGGUUGCCUGGUGUGAACUACAGACCCGACGGCUGACAAAAGUGGAGCGACAGCGUUUCAGUGAAGAGGUGGAUAUGCUAAAGUGUCUUCAGCAUCCAAACAUCGUCCGUUUCUAUGACUCCUGGAAAUCCACAAUGAAAGGCCACAAAUGCAUCAUCCUGGUGACAGAGCUCAUGACCUCAGGGACCCUGAAGACGUACCUAAAGAGGUUCAAAGAGAUGAAGCUAAAGCUGUUGCAGCGCUGGAGUCAUCAGAUCCUCAAGGGUCUUCACUUUCUGCACACACGAACACCUCCCAUAAUCCACAGAGACCUCAAGUGUGACAACAUCUUCAUCACGGGUCCCACCGGAUCUGUCAAGAUCGGUGAUUUGGGUCUGGCCACGCUCAAGAGUGCCUCAUUUGCCAAAAGUGUCAUUGGAACCCCAGAGUUUAUGGCUCCUGAGAUGUAUGAGGAGAAGUAUGAUGAGGCUGUGGAUGUUUAUGCCUUUGGCAUGUGCAUCUUGGAGAUGACAACGUCAGAGUAUCCAUACUCGGAGUGCCAAAACGCCGCGCAGAUCUAUCGCAAAGUGACCAGUGGCAUGAAACCUGACAGUUUUUUCAAAGUGAAGGUCCCUGAAUUAAAAGAGAUCAUCGAAGGCUGCAUACGGAUGAACAAAGAUGAAAGAUACACCAUACAGGACCUGUUAGAGCACACCUUCUUCCAGGAAAAUAAUGGUGUCCGUGUGGAGUUGGCUGAGGAAGAUGACAUGGUGAAGUCUGGUCUUAAACUGUGGCUUCGAAUGGACGACACCAAGAAGCUCCAUGGCAAAUACAAGGACAAUAACGCUAUUGAGUUCCUGUUCGAACUCUACAAGGACGUCCCGGAGGAGGUGGCGCAGGAGAUGGUGAGAUCUGAGGUUGUUCUUGGCUUCGUCUGUGAAGCCGACUACAAGCUCGUGGCCAAAGCCAUCCGUGACCGCGUCACCACCACCAAACGCCAACGGGAGAAACUCAGACGGCAAGCGGAAGAGGCCCAGAGGAGGCGUCAGGAGGAGGUAAUUGAGGAGGAACCAGAAUCCACUGUUGAAAUCGAACCUUCGGUUUCUAGCCCACCACCUCCUAAGCCUCUUACUGAGACCCCCACAUCCACUACGACUCAAGCUCCGCCCACAGUCACAGUAUCCGGCCCUGUUACUUUUCCUGCAAAUGAAUCUAUGGAUUCUGGAUUCAACGCCAGUUUUGCCACCGAAUUUGAAGAACCGGACGCAGACCAACGGCAGCACUUCAACAUACAUAACGCCAGCUACUCCUCAGCGACAUCUGAUUGUGAGACAGAUGGUUACCUCAGCUCCUCUGGGCUUCAGGAACCGUCUGAAAGCCGUCCUCCUGUGGUAAACCAACCCGCCACGGCUUCACAACCAACCGGUGGAACGCCUCAUGCGGAAGUCCCACCCGUUGAAGCUCCACCCACAGAAGCCCCUACCACUCUGGCUGAACCAAUCCCAGCUCUUCGUUAUCCCUCUAGCUUUGCUGUCUGCCAAAAUCCAGAGAGGGCGCAGUCAGGCAGCGCCAGCGGCUUUUCCUCUCCUGUCGACAGCUACGCCUCUGAUGUCACCUCCGGUUUGAGUGAUGGAAACGAGGGCCUAUCGGAGGUGGGUCAGAGCAAACGGACGGGGACCAAGCUGAUCAGAAAGAGAACUCGCUCACGACUACGCAUCACCGGACUGUCAGAUAAAGUGGACCGGGUGGUGGAGUGUCAGCUGCAGACCCACAACAGUAAAAUGGUGACGUUUAAAUUCGACCUGGAUGGAGACAACCCAGAAGAUAUUGCUACGGUGAUGGUACAUAAUGAGUUUAUCCUACCUGGGGAGAGGGAAGGAUUCAUCCACCGCAUGAGAGACAUCAUUCGACGGGCCGAGGCUCUAAUGAGGAAAGAACCUUUAGGACCUCUCAGUCCCGGAGAUACAUCAAACCUGCUGUACCUGAGCAGAGCCGAAACGCUUUCUGCCUCACAGCCCAAUCUUCACAUCCAUGGCCUUGCUCGCACACACUCCUCCUCCUCUUUGCCAGACUAUGCCGCGGCCAGUAUAGGACCAGUGAGCCGUGGCUCUUCGUCAACCUUGAGCUCCGACUUUUAUGUCGACCCCGAUGCUGUACCACCUGUCCGGCCGCUGCGCUCACAAUCUUUCCACACUACAGGCUCCUCUCAAUCCUACCAAGCCUCAGCCCCCAACUACUCACAGUAUUCCCACCCUGAUGUUCUGCCCCAUCUGCUUCCAAAUCAAAUGCCCCCCAUGUCCCCGCCGUUACCCAAAUCACCCUACGUCCGCAGCCCUCAUCUUUCCUACCCCUACCCUAUAGACCACGCCCCGCUCAACCCAAGUCCUCUCACUCGCGUCCCCAGCAACCCAAACUUCUCCUCUUCCUUGCCUUCGGUUGUUUCAUCGGUCCAACAGGGCGUUGAGAUUUCUCCACAGGCAGACAGCAACAUUCUUUCACCUCCAGUUGCAAUUCCACCCGGCCAGCAAGCUGCAGGGAUGUGGAAUUCCCAACAGGGAAUCAUUUCUCUGGCUAACGUUCUUUCUAUGGCUAUGAAUUUUGCACAGAACUUUAUACCAACCGGACCUAUUCCCAACCACAUCCCUCAAGGUUUCCACCCCCAAAUGACCCCUCAGCAAGGUUAUGGUCCCAUGUAUCCAGGGAUGAGCAACCCCGAUGUUCAGUACCAUCAGGGGCCGAUGAUUGGGCAGUACAUGGACAUGUACCAAUAUCCUGACACAUACAGUCAAAUACAAGCACAAGCUCCUGAUCUCCAGGAGGGGAUCCAAGCACCAAGACCACCCGAAAACCUCCCAUCAGGGGAGCCCAAAACUGGCACCCAAACUCCCAUUCCAGAUGUCGCCGCUGGGAUUAAACAGCCGCUUUCCACGAACCCAGCUUCUUCUACAGGGUCCAGAAGGGUACUCCACUUGGACAGCCAAGGUGGUCCUGCAGGCCAGCUCAGGGAGCGAGCAGACAGCUUGUCAUCAAACUCACCCAGCACACCCAGCACCAGCACAUCUACCACCAGCUCACCAGUAUCUUCCACAUCACACAGCCCGCAAAACACAGUGUCCUCGUUCACCCCAAGAUCCUCCCCCAGUCUGCCGAUGUCUCUGGUCGUAUCUGAUGCAUGUGCCUCUGUGACCAAAUCCUUGCUCUCACCCAUAUUCGAAGAGAAAAAGCCCAUUGUUACCAUUGGACGAUUUCAAGUAAGUCCCAGCAAAGACAUCCCAACUUCUUCCUCCAUCUCAAGUCCCACACAAACCUCCCCCGUAACACCUCCCACAGCCACGCCCCCCACACACAACAGCCAGUCAGACAGCAGCACCGACGUGCAGGUGGAAUCGGACAGCAGCCCCUGCUCUCUUAUUGUACCACUUACCAAACCACCUGCUGAUUCUGAGCGUCCCACCGAAAGCGCUUCCUUGGGGACUGAAGGUGUUACAGGCCCACAGACUAAAGUUGUGGAACCAGAGGAGGGGCGUGGAGAUGAAGAAGGGGAGCAGGACGAGACCGAAAUGAGGCGGAGGAGAAUAAGUGUGAGUUUAAUAGAAAGUUCAUCUGCGAGUUCUCAGUUCAAUUUAAAUCAGCCGUGGAUGAGUUACACACGCAGCACCUCGUACGCCAGCAGCGACGAGACGGAGAGUGAAGACGAAGAAAUGUACGAAGAACUACAGGAGCUUCGAGAAAGACACAUGGCGGAGGUUCAGGCUCUGCAGGCCUCUCAGAAACAAGAAAUCGAGGAGCUUUAUAAGCGGAUAGGUAAAGUUCCUCCUCCAGGCAUUGUGUCCCCAGCGGCCAUGCUGUCAAACCGCCAGCGUCGUCUGUCUAAGGGUGGAGGUUACCCCAGCUCUCGACGAAAUAGCUUGCAGAGACUUGAUAUACUGCCCUCUACAGGUAUCAUGCGUAAGAACUCUGUGAGUGGCAGCAGCAGUGGAUCACAGGAAAGAGCAAAUAAAGGCGUAACCUUUGCCCCUGACUAUAGCAGAAUUUGAUAUCUUUAGCUAAGGAAUCCUUUGACCCCAUUCCUGCUUUCCUAAUGGAAAGGAAGUGACACCAUGACUUUCUCGUGGUUAAAACAACUGCCAAUGAUUGUGAAUGCCGUGCCAGUGAGCGUGGAUACUGAAUGUUUAGGUGAAUACCAGUGAUGAUGUACUUCUGCUCAGUAUUUUCAAGAAAAAGUAAGCUUUGUAAAGGAUUGAUCUGUUUGUAAGAGGUUUUAUAUGACACAUGAAUAGAAGUGAGAUAUUGCUGAUACCUGGACAGAUUUAAGGAGAAAAGCACACUCAUUUAUGCAGUCAGAGCUCCCCCUCUGGUUGAAAACGUGAAUUGCAAAUAGAUUUUAGCUCGGCACUCGGUUGCUUUCUCUUCUGAAUAAUCAAUCUUUAAAAUCUUGUGUUAAUUUUGACUAGGCAGUCAUAAAUAAAUUUGUACUGUUAACAAUUUUACAUUUUGCUGUAAAAUUGCAAUGCAACAUAUGCAGUCCUUUUCGAUUUUUAGGUCUCACUGUAGGUUUCCUUUUGCAUAAAGCAGUAUCAUGUAUAUAUUUUGACAAACUGUCAACAUUUUAUUAUGGAUUACAGAGUAAUGGCAACUUUGUUUGCUGAAAUAUUUUUGCACACACACAAUAAUUGCACAGUAUAGUUUUUGAAAACACCUCCAGAAACUUUAUUUUAGUGAAUUAUAAGAAAAGAAAGUGCAUCAUUAUGUUGAUAUUUACAGCUGAAACAACCUGGGUGAUGUAAUUUAUUCUUUCAUUCUGACAUCACAAUAAACAAAAUGAUGUCGUUUUUCAAAUACUUAAAGGUGCACUGUGUAACUUUUAGAAGGAUCUCUUGACAGAAAUGCAAUAUAAUAUAUAUAACUAAAUUAUAAGUGGUGUAUAAAGAACUUACAAAAUGAAUUGUAUAUUUUUAUUACCAUACAUCGCGGGUUCCUAUGAAAAUUUGGCACCGCCAUGUUUCUACAGAAGCCCUAACCGGACAAACUGUCCUAUAGAGUGUGUUUUGGCACUACUUUGUCUCAGACGAUGACGUGUUUAUCCUGCGGCGGCUACUGUAGCUUCACUAUGUGUUUCGAAAGAGAGGGGUGAGCUGUGGGCUGAGCCCAUCUCUCCACUAGAUGCUGCUAAAAAUAUACACAGUGGACCUUUACGUCUAUAUUUUGUUAAAUACCCAAACAAGACCAUUAUAAUUUAAAAAGAUUUACAUUAUUAAUAUAAAAUUAUGUUUUUAUUUUAAUAGUUUUAAUUUAGUUGAUCAAGAAUUUAGUUUGAAAGAUCUAUAAUUUCCCAAAGUCAUAAUGUCUAUAUGUGAUUAAACUUUUAAUGCCUUUAGCUCAUGACUGGCUCAUGUUUGCUUUAUUGUAAACUCUUCUGUCUUAAUAUUUUCACCUUUUUCAUCCUUACCCAAUAGAUGGUAAUUGAAGCUGUUAAUUCUUCAGUAAGUGUUUUUGUUUUGUAUUUAAAAAGAAAAAUAUUGAAAACACUUACACAACUCUUGCCACUAGAUGCCGCAGUUGGUGUAUGUAUACGAUACAUGAAAUGCUGUGAAGUUUGAACAAUUAUUGCCUUAAUGUAUCUGUGCUUGACUGGACAGCAGAUGUGUUUUUCUGCAUACGCGAAAGAGAAAAUAUAUACACUAUCUAUAUAUAGAUAUAUUUGGAUAAAGACAAAAGCUGUAUUAUAUUUUGCAGAAAAAAAUUGUACUGCCAUGCAGGUUGUGCCUUUUUGUUGUCUUUUUAUAUUAAAGUCUUGGAUGAAACGUAAUUGUUGUAAAUAAAUGAUGAA